AUGGCAGCAGACAAGUGUGGGGAAGUUUCGUUUAUUCAGACUACUUGGUCCACCCUCUUUAAAGUCCAUUGCCAAGCCUUCGAGGUACUGGACCAUCUUUCUCCACCCGCUACAGCCGCUCCACCCUCCUCUGAUGCCGACAAAACUGUUGUUGCCGCUGCCAAAGCACUAUUGGCUCGUCUCGACGCCAUCGUGCUGCAGUGGACCUACGCAACAAUAUCUCAGCCUCUUCUUCGUGUCAUUCUGCAGCCCGGUCAAUCUGCGUACAGUGCCUGGACUGCUGUCAAGAACGAGUUCAACGACAAUAAGGAUAACUUCUCUUCCAUGGCUAAAUAUUGCCAACACGCAAAAGAUUUAGCUACUCAACUUGAGAGCGUCGGUGCUCCGGUCGAUGACCGUAUGUUGGUUAUUAACAUCCUCACGGGUCUCACCGAUCAAUAUGACGGUAUUUCCACGGUACUACAGAACCGAGACCCGCUUCCUGAUUUUAAUGAGGUCCGCUCCCGUCUGAAUAUGGAAGAAAGCAAGAAGAAACGACAAGCUUCACGUGCGGCUCAACAGUCAGCCACGGCUUUGGCGGCUACGGCUUCAUCGUCCAACCAGAACUCCGGUUCACAACCAUAUUUUUCUACUUCAAAACGCGAUCAUGGAAGACAAAGAGGUCGCGGUCGUGGACGCAGCUCCAAUGGUCGUGGACGCGGUUACAAUACUUCGUCUCAGUCACCGGCUCACCCAUAUAUUGUGUUUCCAAGCAACUGGACCGCCGCACAAUGGGCCGGCCUUCUUAACAAUUCUCCAUAG